GUCAAAACCCGAAGAGAUAAGAAAAGAAACCGAAACAGAGGCUUAGGAUCAGAAGAAGAACUGAGGAGAAGUGUCUGCGAGAGAAAGAGAAGAGAGAGUGUCUGAUGGAAGACGAUGGAAGAGACGUUCAUCAACUCGAUUUGGAAAACGCCGAUCAAGUUCUUUGGAUGAUGAAGAGCCCUGUUGUUGUCGCCAAGACGUGGGAGAAGCUCGCUCCUCCUCCUUCUUCUUCGUAUUCUUCGUAUCCUUCCCCUGGAUUCACUAGUUUGGCCAAGGUUGUUCAGUCCGUUGAUUUUCCACUGACCGAGCCCAAGUUCAACAUGGAGAUGGUUGGUGCUGAGUAUGGGAACAUGCCAAAGAGCUACUCUCUGAACAUGUUUAAAGACUUUGUUCCAAUGAAUGUCCUUUCCGUUGUCGGUCUAGAAGAUCAACCAGCUGCUGAAGGAACGGUAGAACAAAAGUUCGACAUGAAGCCACAGGGCGAAGACAUUGAAGACUACGCAAGGCUUUGCCGAGAGAGAACAAGCAGAUCCAUGGUUAAGAACCGACAGAUACAGGUUAUUGAUAAUGACCGUGGAGUACAUAUGAGGCCUAUGCCUGGAAUGCAUGGUUUUGGUUCCUCCAAUUCAAAGGAAAAGAGGAAAGCUCUUCCAGUCAAGCAAACAGAUAUGAAGAGGACGAGGAGAGAUCGUGGUGAGCUCGAAGGUAUAAUGUUCAACCUAUUCGAAGGCCAACCAAACUGGACCUUGAAGCAGCUAGUACAGAAGACUGACCAACCAGCGCAGUUUUUGAAAGAGAUACUAAACGAGCUUUGCGUUUACAAUAAGAGAGGAUCGAACCAAGGCACGUAUGAGCUUAAACCAGAGUACAAGAAAGCUGGGGAAGAUGAUACAACAGGUGGACAGUAAAAACAAUCGCAUAGUGACAGUAUUCUAAACCACCAAGUCGUUUUAGGGAGAGAAGAAGAGUUAUCUUUUAAUUUGGAUUAUUUAAGCCAGAAUAGUCAACUUAUGAAAUUGAGUGUUUCUUAACACUUAUUAAUCAUUCUGUUAUAAAACCUUACUCCAAAUUAUAAAAUGACUCUAACAUCUCAGUUA